UCUUCCAUUUCCAUUUAUUUUGCAGAUAAUUCUGGUUGGCAAUUUUUGUGAAUUACUUACAAGUAUUUUUGUUUUAAAUAUGUUAAAACCGAAAGCAUUGACGCAAGUACUCGCGCAAGCAAACACAGGAGGUGUCGAGAACACGCUUUUGCUUAGCCAAGAGGGCGCUUUACUUGCAUAUGCAGGCUAUGGUGAUAAGGACGCACGAGUGACUGCGGCGAUUGCUAGCAGUAUUUGGGCAGCUUAUGAAAAACAUGGGCGCAAUGCGUUCCGUGAAGAUCGUCUUACCUUUGUUCUAUUAGAUUGUGAAUGCGGUCAUGUGGCCAUUACACAGGUUGCCAGCAUAUUGCUUUGUUUGUACGCAAAGGAAAUGGUUGGUUUGGGUUUACUCAAGCAGAAGGCGAUGGCAUUGGCAAAUUAUUUGGAAGGACCACUGAAACAGAUAGCAGCCUCGUAGAAGGUGCUCGUCCGUACAUAUAUUAAUAUUCAGCGACUUGAUCAAGCCAAAAUAGUGAAAUAAAAAAUAUUUUAAGUCUUAAAUAAUAUUAAAACACCAGCAAUUUUUAUGGAAUUUGCGCAUUACAAAUGUACUACACAGUUGUUUUUGUAAGCACGUUAAGAUUAUGAGCGAUAAAUACAAAUUAAACGAAACAUA